AUGUCGCAGUCGCCAACGUACCAGCCGCUCCGCCUCUCCGUGAUCAUCCCCGCCUUGAACGAAGCUCAAGUCAUUGCUAGAGCCAUUGAGAGUGUUUAUGAUAGGGCCGUACGGCAGAGAGCAGCAGUCGAGUCGCUGCGUCCGAGCUGCGAGCAGAGCCUCGUGUUGCACGAGGUCUUGCUCGUAGACGGCGGCUCGGUAGAUGACACUUGCUCGAGGGCGAAGCGAUUGGCUCAGCGCUCGGCCUACAAGAACUUCCGAAUCGUUCAUCUUCCAAGCACACAGCGCACGUGUCGCGCAAACCAGCAGAACUGGGGUGCACGACUAGCACAGGGCGAUAUCCUGCUCUUUCUGCACGCGGAUACCACGCUGCCGUUCCAAUAUCCACAGGUUAUUGCCCGGACGCUCGGUUUGAUUCAGACCAACACCAGUGGCGAGUCUAAGGCGAGGAUGCGUCAUCCGGCACUCGGCGCCUUCUCGCUGGAGUUUACAGAGAGUUCCUGGGUACUGCGCUUGGUAGCCUGGGGCGCGAACUUGCGUUCACGUCUUUUCCGAGCGCCCUAUGGUGAUCAGGGUAUUUUUCUCAGGAAGCAGACAUUUCAGGAUCUCGAGGGGUUCCCCGCCGACUGGCCACUUCUUGACGACGUUGCACUGGGACAUCGAGCGCUUCGACGCUUCGGCUGGGGCAAUGCAUGCCGCAUAGCACCCGAGCAUGUACAGACCAGCGCUCGCCGUUACCAAAAGCUCGGUGUCCUCAACACAGUGCUCCUUAAUCAGUGUAUCCUGCUGGGGUUCGCACUGGGCGUCCCAGUGGAUGCGCUCGCUCGAUGGUAUCGUGCACCCCGCACCCUUAUACGUGACGCUCUGCUGAGGACGCACAUGCACGAGAAUCUGUCCCCAGCGGUGACGUUGCGUCUACGUCGACCAUCACCGACAGAGGCAUUCACUGUCGCGCGGGAAAUGCAGGCUCACCACCGAGCUUGGAUAUCGAUACCUUCGAUAUUUCACCAAAAUGGUGCCGCACAAGAAAAACCAACGGCCUCUGCAUAG